CUUUAUUGAUACUUUAAGUAGCUAUUUGUAAAAUUCCACUGCAGUAUAUUCUCCUCUUGUUUCACUAAUCACUGCAAUUCCAUAACUGAAAUUUCAUGUCUCUUUCUUCCCUCUCAUUUAGUUUUCUGGUCAUGUAUUGAUUGGAUGAAUUAGAUGACCCAAAGAUUCUGCUGUUUCCUUCUGCAACUCUCUUCGGAAGAAGAAAAAGACGUGAAAAGAAUGCCAGAACAUCGAGUAUAAUAACAUUAUAAAUAUUUAUAUACAGAUACCAAAUGCAGAAGGCCCAUCUAAAACUAGUGAACGUGAAGAGACCAGUAUACCUAUGGAACCUCAUGAUUCGCAACUCCACCAAUGCUGGCCUCUUCUCUGAAACUUUGUACCUCUAUUCAUCCAUGCUUUACAGCGGCACUCAUGGCAAUGACUUCACACUUCCUUUGGUCCUAAAAGCCUGUUCCAAUAUCAACUCCAUACGCGAUGGCACGAAAGUCCAUUCCCAUGUACUGCAACUGGGAUUUCAACAAGAUUUGUUUGUGCAGACAUCUCUUCUUGACAUGUACUCUAAAUGCUGUGAUCUUUCAUCUUCAAGGAAAGUGUUCGAUAAAAUGCCCGUGAGAAGUUCUGUCUCAUGGAAUUCUAUAAUUUCUGCUUAUUGUCGUUGUUCUUUAGCUGCUGAAGCCAGUUGGCUAUUGCAAGAAAUGCGGAUUCUUGGUUUCAAACCUAGCUCCACCACGUUUCUUGGUUUUCUUCCCACUUGCCUUCUUCAGGAAGGCUUAUCAAUCCACUGUUGCGCAUUUAAACUUGGACUUAUAAAUAGUUGUGAAAUUCCUUUAACUAAUGCUAUCAUGAAUAUGUAUGUUAAAUAUGGCCGGGUUUAUGAAGCUCGCACCAUCUUUGAUAUGAUGCAUGACAAGUCAGUCAUUUCUUGGACAACAGUUAUCAGAGGUUAUGUGGGUAUUGGAAAUGUCUCUGAAGCAUUCAAUUUGUUUAGCCAAAUGAGAACAAGUAUUAGACCAGACUGUGUAGUCUUUAUAAGUCUUAUUUCAGGUUGUGCGCAAGUGGGGAAUUUGUUAGCAGCUUCCUCCAUUCAUUCUCUCCUAAUUCAAGAAGGAUAUGAUAAUGAAGGUCCGAUAAACAACUUGCUUGUGAGCAUGUACGCAAACUGUGGAGACCUUGUCUCAGCUCAGAGAGUAUUUGAUAUGGCACGUGAAAAAUGUGUCUUCCUGUGGACAUCAAUGAUUAGUGGGUAUACUAAAUUGGGUUAUCCUCGUGAAGCUUUACAGCUUUUCAAGAAAUUGUUAGGGACAGAUAUUAAACCAGAUGAAGCAACUCUGGCUACUAUCCUUUCAGCCUGCGCUGAUUUGGGUUCACUCAGUAUGGGCAAAGAGAUCGAAGAUCAUAUUUUGGCUAACGGAUUACAAUCAAAGCUUCAAGUCCAGACCUCUUUGAUACACAUGUUCUGCAGAUGUGGGAAUAUAGAGAAGGCAGAGGCAAUAUUUGAGAAACUAUCGAAGAAAGAUUUAGCUGCUUGGAGUUCCAUGAUAAAUGGUUAUGCCAUCCAUGGUAUGGGAGAAGAAGCUCUCAGUCUCUUUCACAAGAUGCAGAAGACAGAAGCAAUAAGGCCAGAUGCUGUUAUUUACACAAGCAUAUUACUGGCUUGCAGCCAUUCAGGACUGAUUGAAGAUGGGUUGAAAUUUUUUCAGAGCAUGCAGAAGGAUUUUGGAAUAGAACCAAAUGUAGAACAUUAUACAUGCUUGGUAGAUCUUCUUAGCAGAGCUGGUCGACUUGAAUUGGCAUUGAAAACCAUCGAAGAGAUGCCUGUCAAAGUACAAGCUCAGGCAUGGGCUCCAUUUCUCAGUGCAUGCAGAAAACAUCGGGAGCUUGAGCUGGGGGAGUUUGCAUCAAGAAAGCUUUUUCAUUUGAAUCCUGAAAGUGUUGGAAGUUAUGUUGUAAUGGCUAAUUUAUAUACACAUGCAGGCAAGUGGAAGGAGGCUGCUGUGACAAGAAGGUUGAUGGAUCACAAACGGUUGGUUAAGAAAUCAGGUUGGAGCUAUAUCGAGAUUGAUGGUUCUGUCCAUAUUUUCAUUGUUGGAGAUCGAUCACACUAUCGGUCAGAUGAUAUCUAUAAUGAGUUAGAGGAACUAAACGUUAAACUUUUGGAAGCUGGGUAUGUUCCAGAAACAGAUACCGUGGUUCAUGACUUGGAAAAGGAAGAGAAGGAGGAAACUUUGAAGGUUCAUAGUGAGAGAUUGGCUAUUGCAUAUGGUCUUAUCAGUACUGAGGCAGGUACAACUCUGAGGAUCAUGAAAAACCUAAGAACAUGUGAUGAUUGCCAUUCUGCUUUGAAAUAUAUCUCACAAAUUACAGGGAGGCAUCUUAUUGUCAGAGAUGGUCACCGGUUCCAUCAUUUUGAAUCUGGUUCCUGCUCAUGCAAAGAUUACUGGUGAUUUUACUCCUAGUUAUGUGCUUGAGUUCAAUAUGACCUGAAAAUCGAUCAAGGGCUUUAAGAAUGAAAAUGUGUCAAGCUUUCGCCGCAAUUUGACUUGCUAAGAAGGGUCGUGCUAUUUCUCGUUAAAAGCAAACAACUUGGGUAUUAUAAAAGGUGGAGUCAUGCUGAACAUUCCUAAAAGCAGACACUAGGCGGCAAGUAAGCUGACACGGAGCAAGAUAGCUGAUGCAUAUUCAGUUUAACCGUGAGUGCUUACUAAUAAUGAGUCGAGGCAAAACAAGAUUGAGAAGUGAAACCUCAAUGUAAAGCCGUGGAAGGAACGCAAGGAACAGAUAAGGUAUAACAUUCAUUUGAGGAGUCUGCAUUAAGGCUAACAAUUGUUACAUGCACCGAGUUUUUUCAUCAGUUCAGAUGCUUCACAUGUGAUUGUGGUUUGCAUGCUAUAGAUCGGUUUGGUGGGCGUAACUAUUGGAGAAUUUAUAAUUAGUGUGUCAAGUUAUCUGUCGAGGCAGAGCCCUAAAAUAUUAAUGUUUUUGCAAAAGAGGUGGACUGAAGCUGUAGAUUGUCUCCCUAUAUAUGAGACAAUAUUCGGGUUAUUGAUCUUGCCGCUGUUGCAAAAUUCCAUUUUGCAGAGCACUGUUUUACAUUUUUAUGUUAGAUGAACUAUAUCUUGCACCCAUUGAGUGGUAACAAAAUUGAGGGAGAUAGUGAAAGACGAGGAAAUUACCACCAGACUCUAUAUAACUUCUGAAGCUUUGGAAAAAAGUAUGUUAUGCACGCAAAGGAUCUAAUUCCUCUCCCGGGCUUCCGCUACGCACCUUACAGCUACAGCGGGAGACAUGGCCCAACCUAGUUUGAGCUUGCUUCUCUUAGUCCCACCCAUGCAUAUUCUCCAGAACCAGGGGCUAACAAAAACCUAUUGAAAACCAGGCCUACUGGACCUAUUUGUACUGUAUGUUUGGCAAUCUUAGCGUGGAAUAAAUACAACAAUUAAAUGAACUGUGUGUUCAGAAGUAUCUAUUUGUACUUGUCUUACAACCUAUAGCGACAGAGAUUAAUUUCAAUAUCUUGAGAUUGUAUUUGUAUAUUACAUUUUCACUAAAUGAAUACAAUCUAAUACCCCGUGUAAGAUCUGUAUCAAUUACAUCUUAGUUUGCACAAGAACUGUGGAGUGAACAAGAAUAGUAAG